AAACAACCAUACACAAAAACCAUACACAAAUGUUUCUGUCUUGAGAAAGGAUAAGAAACCGUUUUGCUGCUGUUUGUUCGAAACCAACUUGGUUUAAAAUAGCUAAAAGGGGACGCAAGAAGAUAAAUCGGAGCAGGGAGCCGUGUGUAAAAAGGCACACAAAAGGUGCACAGGGAAUAACUAAGAUCAAGAGAGUGUGGAGCCAUGAAUCUAAAUGACUUUGUGGUGAUUUCCAACAAGCCCAAGUCAGUCAAGCUCAAUGCCAGGAACCUGCGAGAGCUGCGCAUGGAGACAGUGACGCUGGCCCAGGAGAGUAAAGACAUGGAGGAUCGACUGCAACAACUCAGAGAGAGCAUGAGCCGGGAGAAAGAGGAGAGAGAGAGGUUAGGUGGUUUCCGUUGGAAGUCAGGGCAGGCUGGAGCUGUGAAUAACCACUGUGCAAAGAGGAACAAGGAGAGUGGACUCCAAAAGCUGUCAGCAGGCAAGGUGAAGAUACGGCUCCUCAAAGAUCACCCUCAGCCAGAAGUCUGCAGGGUGGGAGAGAAGGAGAAGGCUACAGCUGUUCUCUCAGGUGGUCAUGUGUCCAGCAGUAAGACCAGGCUGAGGGGGAAGGUGUGUGGCCAGUGUGAGGCUAGGGCCGCUGGACUGACAUGUGCAGAAUGUGGAGAGGACUACUGUGUCGGCUGCUUUGCCAAGUUUCAUCAGAAGGGGGCACUGAAGCUCCACAGAAUGAUCCCCAUUCAGGUGAGACAGCACACAAGUUCUCUCUCUC